AGCAUCGCGAUAUUACCUGCAGGGUAUGUAUCUACUUUUCCUUUUUUGGCCCAUUCAUUAUCUACUUGAUUUUUUUUUUUUUUUUUUUAUCUCUACGCCUUCCAUUUGAACUGAUUUAGCACUAUCUUGCCGCCCAAUGUUGCACAUACCCUUUCAACCUACCAAUGUCUAUCAAUCUAUCAAUCACAUAUCUAUUCUUCACAAUGGCCAACGUGGAUGAUAGAACACGAUUCCAUUGUAUAAAGAUUACCCCCACCCAACGUAUCUACCGCCAUUAGGAACAAGUGUUUUUCAUUAAUUCAACUUCCCCAAAGACACAUAGAUUUCUUUUGGGAGGCUUAGUCACGUAGGCCGACUAAUGUCGCAUUGGUUAAAGACUACACAAGUAGCGUCCAUCCAAUCACAAUAGCCUUUCUACUUGUAAUCAGAUUACAAUAGACAUGUGUGUUCAAGACAAGACACAAAGGUUUGCGUUGAAUAUCGCCCAUCCAAUUAUAAUCCAAGUCGCUCUCUUAUGUACCAGCAUUAGUAAAUUGUAUGCUUAUAGAAUUCACAGUACUGACCAACACUUAUAGAAUACUAUUAUGAGAUGAAUUUCUGCCGGGUAUUAGGCCUCUAGCCUCGGUGUGAUUUGCGAAAAUGACGUCUAGGCUCGAUCGUCUAGUCACGAUCCUCGAGACAGGUAGCACAAAACUAAUCAAGGAUACUGCUGUUAGCCAACUAGCUGAUUGGCAAAAAACGCACCCUGAGGAAUUAUUCAAUUUGCUAUCCAGAGUCGUACCUUAUCUGCGCCACAAGGACUGGGAUACCCGAGCUACCGCAGCCAAGGCCCUUGGCAGGAUUAUUGAAAAUGCCCCUUUCUACGAUCCCAACGAAGAUGAGGAUCCUACGACAGCUAAGAAGGAAGAACCUUUUGGAGGGGACGGCUUUGUGAAGAAAGAGGAAGACGAUGUGUCCUCUUUCUCAUCAGAUGAGUGCUUCAAGCCAGAGGCGUUAGACGUCUCGACGAUCCUUAAGUACGGUCGAGAUUUAUUGAGGACUGGCAAUGUAGAUUACGGACUUGCAAGUCUUGAACCUCAGGCACGACUAGCUCAUCAGAAGAAGACUCUCAUAGGUCGCCUCGGGCUUCUAGGCAGAAGAUUCGAAGAUGAAGAGAUCCCGAUAGCUACUGAAAAGUCGGCCAGUCCUUUCACACCGCAAGAUCCUAACUCUAACAAUGGCUUGUCUCGUCGGGAUAGUACCACUAACUCUGCACCUAACCAACCGACCGAGGAAUCGGGUCUCAGUGCCCGACAGCUCAACCAGCUUAAACGAAAACGUAAGCGGGAUGCGCAAAAGGCGGCACAGGGCAAAGGUGGUUUUGGUGAUUUAUCUAUACGUCGAUCCUAUACCGCCGGGUCAGAAGGAUUCGACGAUACCCCUAUGCCGGACGCAGAAUCUAAGAAGAAUGGGAAGACCGACUACUUUAGCCUCGAACGACCAGCAGACGUUGACGAAGAUACCAAAAUUGUCUCGGAGUUCAAGGGUCCCGUGGUCCCAAUCAAAACAGAAAUCGAGGCAGAAGACGAACUUCAAGGAUCAGAAUGGCCGUACGAACGUCUAUGUGAGUUUCUCAAAAUCGAUAUAUUCGAUGCGCAGUGGGAGACACGUCAUGGUGCUUCAUUGGGCCUGCGAGAAAUCCUUCGAGUGCACGGUGCCGGAGCCGGUCGAUUAAGAGGAAAGUCAAGAGCCGAGAACGACAAGCUAAAUAGGAAAUGGCUUGACGAUAUGGCUUGCCGACUUUGUUGUGUGCUCAUGCUAGACAGAUUUACCGAUUAUGCCUCGGAUACAUCUGUUGCACCGAUUCGAGAAACAGUUGGCCAGACAUUGGGUUCAUUCUUGAAACAUGUGCCACCGCAAUCCGUAUACAGCAUAUAUCGGAUCUUAUUAAGGAUGGUGGUACAGCAGGACCUCGGCCUGGAUAGGCCAAUCUGGGCCGUCUGCCAUGGUGGCAUGGUCGGCCUUCGAUAUAUUGUCGCAGUGAGGAAGGAUUUAUUGCUACAGCACAAUGAUAUGAUUGAUGGCGUAGUCCAAGCAGUAAUGAAGGGGCUCGGAGAUAGCGAUGAUGAUGUCCGAUCUGUUAGUGCGGCAACAUUAAUUCCCAUGGCCCAGGAGUUUGUCCAACUCCGGCCGGCGGCACUUAACGAGCUGAUUAACAUAGUAUGGGAAAGCUUAUCCAGUCUGGGUGACGAUCUGAGCGCUAGCACCGGUAAGAUCAUGGAUCUUCUGGCUAUUUUAUGCGGCUUCCCAGAGGUGCUAGAGGCAAUGAAGUACUCCGCCGAGCAAGACGAAGAAAGAUCCUUCACUCUCCUAGUACCACGACUAUAUCCAUUCCUACGACAUACCAUUACUUCGGUUCGUCUCGCUGUUCUAAAAGCGCUGAUGACUUUUGUCAAUCUUGGUGUAGAGUCUCAAGGCUGGCUUGAUGGUAAAAUCCUUCGAUUGGUGUUCCAGAAUAUCCUUGUGGAACGUGACCAAGAGACUCUAAGCAUGUCUAUGGAGCUAUGGUCCGCUUUAGUAAAAUGCUUAGCCAAGACCCCGGACAAUCUUGCUCAAGAAUUUGCCCUUCAUAUCGAUGCUCUUAUGCAACUUACUCUACAUCCAGUAGGAGUAUCUCGGCACCCUAUACCCAUGAGUGGAGCUUUAUUUGUUAAACCCUCAGGUGGUACUUAUUCAGUACCCGGCUUCGCCCCCGCGGUCGCGCGUAAGGGCUCCGAACCCGAUGGCGAACGAGCUAUGAAAAGGCGAAAGAAGUCUACCAAAGUCGACGAUCCGGUCCCCGCUACCCAUUCCCAUGAUCUCGAUGGUCACAUGAUGCAAGGAGAUGUGGACUUAGUCGGCAUGGACACCUUAAUCCGUUCCCGUGUUUCUGCUGCUGCGGCAAUGGGCUUAAUCAUGUCGCUCGUGCCUCCGAAGUAUCUAGAGUCCUAUGAUGCCACACUCAUCCCGGGUCUUACAUCAUCGUUUUCCUCGACUCAACUCGCGGCGUGCAUAGUGAUUGAUGAAUAUGCUAGAAAUUGCACUAAUACCCAAGUCGAGUCAUCAAGAUACACUGAAGAACUACAAAAGAUCAUUAAAGUCGAUCGUCCUUCCCAAUAUCGCGAUCUAGUUAGUUACAUCCAACGGGUCCGAUCGCAAUGCCAACAACUCAUGAACCUCUUCAGGGAUCAUGGGAAGGUACCUCAACACAAGCUUCCGGCUCUCGCUGUUGUCGUACAAGGCGAGGCAGAGGCAGGACCAGGGGCUUUCUCUUUGGCCACAGCCGACAAAUGCAUCAACGAAGAUUAUGACCGUCUCAAGAGGGCCAUGGCGCCAGCUCAGCGCUUGAUUACAAGCCAACAGCUUAGUGAAAUUCGCGCAAGUACGUUGACGACCAUCGAAGAAGCUAAAGCUAUCAAAGAUACGCGCGACGUUCGUAUCAAAGCCGCGGCAGCUUGCGCAUUAAUAGCAAUGAAGGUGCUUCCUAGGAAAGCGAAUCCUUUAAUCAAGGCGAUCAUGGAUAGCAUUAAAUUGGAAGAGAACCAACAACUCCAGACGCGCUCCGCUGACACAAUUGGCCGAUUAAUACUACAACUCACCGAGGAAGGCCGCCAGCCUCCUGUAGACAAAGUUGUUUCCAAUCUUGUCAAAUUCUCUUGCGUUGAAGUUGCCGAGACGCCCGAGUUUCCAGUCCACGCAACAAAGACUAACAUCAUCUUAUCAAUGCAAAAAGAAGAGGACCGAGUUGAUCACGGAUCUGAUGCUGCCAAGUUCGCACGGGAGGCCAAAGGUGCUCGCAUAACUCGGCGAGGAGCGAAGGAAGCUCUUGAGAUACUCUCUUGCACAUUUGGCGCCGAUCUAUUUACUACAGUCCCAAGGUUAAGAUCAUUCAUGGAAGAACCCCUGGUGAAAGCUUUCUCGGGUGAGCUUCCUGCCGAAGCCAAAGACCCUGAGGAUGUUUUUGGGCAAGAAAUCGUGGAUGCUAUGUCAGUCAUUCGAACCAUGGCACCGACAUUGAACACAGCACUUCACCCAUUCGUCAUGCAACAAGUUCCGCUUAUUAUCAAGUCUCUCCAUUCGGAAUUAUCCGUAUUUAGGUACAUGGCUGCGAAAUGCUUAGCGACUAUCUGCAGCGUCAUUACCGUUGAGGGUAUGACAGCCCUUGUGGAGCAAGUACUGCCUUCUAUCAACAACCCGAUUGACUUGCAGUUCCGCCAAGGUGCAAUAGAGGCCAUAUACCAUCUAAUUGCUGUUAUGGGCGAUAGCAUCCUACCGUAUGUUAUUUUCCUCAUUGUACCCGUACUAGGACGCAUGAGCGACUCAGACAAUGACAUCCGUCUUAUUGCAACUACAUCCUUUGCCACUUUGGUUAAGCUUGUGCCCCUCGAAGCCGGUAUCCCAGACCCACCAGGUCUCUCUGAGGAAUUGCUAAAAGGAAGAGACCGCGAACGAACCUUCAUUGCGCAGCUUCUCGACCCGAAGAAGGUUGAGCCUUUCAAAAUUCCCGUCGCUAUCAAUGCCGAAUUGCGCUCAUACCAACAGGAAGGUGUAAAUUGGCUUCACUUCUUGAAUAAGUACCAUCUCCACGGUAUUCUUUGCGAUGAUAUGGGUCUGGGAAAGACGCUACAAACCCUUUGCAUCGUAGCAAGUGACCAUUAUAACAGAGAGGAGGAAUUCAAAAGAACAGGCGCCCCAGACUUCCGAAAACUUCCAUCUCUUAUUGUCUGUCCGCCAACACUUUCGGGACAUUGGCAACAAGAGUUAAAGACGUUUGCUCCAUUUUUGGAUGUCACCGCUUUCGUUGGCCCUCCCCCGGAGAGAAGAGCUAAAGCUGCUCGAUUCGGAUCUACUGACAUCGUCAUUACCUCGUAUGAAGUCUGCCGCAAUGACACCGAAUACCUCGAAAAGCAAAAUUGGAACUAUAUUGUGCUUGACGAAGGCCAUUUGAUUAAGAACCCUAAGGCGAAGAUUACUCUAUCCGUCAAAAAGCUCGCCAGCAAUCACCGAUUGAUCCUCACUGGUACUCCGAUCCAAAACAAUGUUCUGGAACUCUGGUCGCUCUUCGAUUUCUUGAUGCCAGGAUUCCUCGGAGCUGAGAAGGUAUUCCUGGAUCGAUUCGCGAAGCCAAUUGCAGCUAGUCGAUUCAGUAAAGCCUCGUCGAAGGAGCAGGAAGCCGGGGCGUUGGCGAUCGAGGCUUUACACAAACAGGUCUUACCAUUCUUGCUUCGUCGUCUGAAAGAAGAGGUUCUCGAUGAUCUUCCUCCCAAGAUUCUUCAGAACUAUUAUUGCGAUCUUAGCGAUUUGCAAAGAAAACUAUUUGAAGAUUUCACAAAGAGGCAAGGCAAGAAGAUUACGGAGGAUGCUGCAAAAGAAGAUAAGGACUCCAAGCAGCAUAUUUUCCAAGCCUUACAAUAUAUGCGAAAAUUAUGCAACUCACCGGCGCUGGUUAUGACACCUAGUAAUAAGCUCUACGAAGACACACAGCGUUUCCUCUCGAAAAAAGGAACCAGCAUAGAAGAUCCCGUACAUGCGCCCAAGUUGACAGCCCUCAAAGAUCUAUUGGUUGAUUGCGGUAUCGGUGUUGAAGGCGCUGAUUCGAAUGACCCACUAUAUCAACCAAUCAAACCGCAUCGCGCCCUGAUCUUCUGCCAGAUGAAGGAGAUGCUUGACAUGGUCCAAAAUACGGUACUGAAGCAUAUGCUUCCUUCUGUUUCAUACCUACGACUCGAUGGCUCAGUUGAAGCGGGCAAGAGACAAGAUAUCGUGAAUAAAUUCAAUAAAGAUCCAUCCUACGACUGUCUGCUCUUGACCACAAGCGUCGGUGGUUUAGGUCUCAAUCUUACAGGAGCAGAUACUGUCAUUUUCGUCGAGCACGACUGGAAUCCCCAACGAGACCUUCAAGCUAUGGACCGUGCUCAUCGAAUAGGACAAAAGAAGGUCGUCAACGUGUAUCGACUAAUUACUAGAGGUACAUUAGAGGAGAAGAUUCUAAGCCUUCAAGCCUUCAAGAUAGAUGUAGCAUCUACCGUAGUGAACCAACAAAACGCUGGCUUGGGUACCAUGGACACGGAUCAAAUAUUAGAUCUCUUCAAUUUAGGCGAUGCAGGACCAAACUUGAUCUCCGAUAAGCCUCAAAACAAUAUUGAGGGACGAGAGGAGGAUAUGGUGGAUGUCGAAACCGGCGACGUGAGGGCUCCAGGCAAGAGAGCCUGGGCAGAUGAUUUAGGGGAGUUGUGGGAUAAUCGUCAGUAUGAGGAAAGCUUCGAUUUAGAUGGCUUUCUCAAAACGAUGCAAUAAAAACCAAAAGCCAAAAGACUGACGAGCCAUGACAAAGGGUUGGCAUCGAUAGGAAUGAAUCACGGGCACUUACGAAAUGCCCUCGCAUGAUACACACUAGGUAGCCUUGCAUUGUGUAUAAUUGUAUUAUAAAAGGAUGGAGCUGGCGAAACGAUGCAUUAAUGUCCUCCCGACAGGACUUGGCUAAAUAUAUUUGGCGUUCGACGAAGGUGAAAUUUUUACGUACGGUCUGGAGGGCAGGGCAGUGUUUGGUGUUAGGUGGUACAUAUGUAUCUUUGAAAUUUUACACCUUGCAUUGCCAGUCUAUUCUCAAUUGAAGGGCAGAUUAGCCAACAUUCUAUUUUUUUGA